CCGGGUCUGGUGCCUCUGAGUGUCGUCGGCAUGGCGUUGCACAUGGUUCUUGUCAUGUUGAGCCUCCUGCCACUGUUGGAAGCUCAGAACCCAGAACACACCAACAUCACCAUAGGCAAACCUAUCACCAAUGAGACCCUGAGCUGGCUCUCUGACAAAUGGUUUUUCAUGGGUGCCGCUUUCCGAAACCUCAAGUACAAGCAGGAAAUGCAAACAAUGCAGACGGCAUUUUUUUACCUUGACUCCAACUUGUUAAAUGACACGAUAGAGCUUCGGGAGUUCCAGACCAUAGAUGACCAGUGUGUCUAUAACUCCACCCAACUGAGAUACCAGAGAGAGAAUGGGACCCUGUCCAAGUAUGCAGGAGGAGUGGAAAUCUUUGCCCACCUUAUAGUGCUGAAGAAACAUGGGGCCUUCAUGCUUGCCUUUGACGUGAUGGAUGAGAAGAAACUGGGGCUAUCCCUCUACACUAAAAAGCCAGAUAUUGCCCCAGAGCUGCGGGAAGUAUUCCAGAAGGCUGUCAAACAUGUGGGCCUGGAUGAAUCAGAAAUCAUAUUUGUUGACUGGAAAAAGGAUAGGUGCAGUCAGCCGCAGAAGCAGCAGCUUGAGCCUGAGGAGGAGACCAAGAAUGAUCCUCAGGAAGACCAGGCAUGAACUCAGCUCUCUGAACUCCAUGGGCUGUCCCCAUGCCCACCCCACCCCCAUCCCCCGUCCUGUGUACUUUGAUUCUAUUUCUGCCACAAUAAAGGUUUGGUGAAACAGUCAA